CGGUGCGGAGGGAGGGGCCAGCGAGGCAGGAAUGCGCCGCGCAGGAGGCAGCGGCGGGACAAGUAAGGGCAAGUCCUCCGAGCUGCCGCCCAGCGCGCAGACGGAACCCAGGCGAGCCAGCGAACAGGCAGGGCCGCGAGCAAGACUGGGCACACGGGGCAAAGGCGGCAGGCCGCUGCGGCCGAAGCGGGCGCGGGGUGACCAGGCGGACGCCGGGGCGCGCGCACCAGCGGUCGGGGCGCGGGCAGGCAGGGCGCACCGUGCGCGCGCGGCCCGCAGCGGCGUCCCCGGGCCCGGGUCCGGCCCCGGCCCCAUGACGGCGGCGGCGGCGGUGCUGAAGGAGGGCGUGCUGGAGAAGCGCAGCGGCGGUCUGCUGCAGCAGUGGAAGCGGAAGCGCUGCGUGCUCACCGAUAGCGGGCUGCAGCUCUUCGAGCCCAAGGGCACGGGCGGCCGGCCCAAGGAGCUCAGCUUCGCGCGCAUCAAGGCCGUGGAGUGCGUGGAGAGCACGGGGCGCCACAUCUACUUCACGCUGGUGACCGAGGGCGGCGGCGAGAUCGACUUCCGCUGCCCCCUCGAAGACCCCGGCUGGAAUGCCCAGAUCACCCUGGGCCUGGUGAAGUUCAAGAACCAGCAAGCCAUCCAGACGGUGCGGGCCCGGCAGAGCCUGGGGGCCGGCACCCUGGUGUCCUGAAGGGCCAGGCGCAUCACCUCACCUCCCUACUUCCCCACCCGGGCGAACGACCGGGGGCUCAUCUGCGUCCUGGCCCGCCGCGGUCCUCGGGGGCUGACCAGGCUCCGGCCCGGCUCCACCUGGUGAGGCAGCGUCACCGUCUCCCGCAGGAGGCUUCGGAGCCGAAGGCCCAGACGCUCCGGGCAGCGGGGCAGCAGGCCCCUCGGGGCCGAGGAUGAAGAUUCGGCCCCUGGACCCUCUCCGCCUCGGAAGACGUCCCCGGCUAAGGGCCUCCCAGCCACAGGCCUGACUGAUGGACCCCAUGGAGACCCGGGGGGAAGCCCCCCGCCCCGGGGCCCCGCUCCCCGUUGUGCAGACUGCUGCUGCUCCCCCGCCCGCUGCGUCGCCGGAGCCUCAGGACACAGGGGGGCCGCUCAGACUGACCGGGGUGGGGGGCACUGACGGGCCUGAGGCCUGCCCUGGGGGGUCUCCUGCUGCUUAGGUCCCUCUGGGACCCCCGCCCCUCCAGGCCCUCUCUUUGCACACUUCUCCCCCCACCCUUCUGCCCCCACUGGGGUGCUAGGCCUGGAGGUGGCCGGGUGGGGUGGGGCUUGGCCGCUAGCAUUUCAUGCCUCUCCCCAAAUGAAGACGCCCGUGGGGGCGGUGGCCGCACCGU